AUGAGCAGCACCGAGUUGCCCCGUAGGGCGGAGGAGCGCAUCAAAUGCUUCGUUGGGUUUCUAGAGCGUGUCCAGUAUUAUCUCGACGCGGUCGAAGGCGACGUCAAGACAUCGGAAUACAUCACAUGGAUCUCGCAACUCUGCGCACCGACGUACGAGGACGUCGUGACUCUGACUGAGGAUCCCGCAAACGUCUACACGCACCCGAGUUUCGUCCGCCUGCUCUACCGGGACGACAUUUACAAGGACCUUCGCGACCGAAGUGUUCGACUAGUGGAUGCGCUGGAAGCCCAAAGCCCCAGACCGGUAGUAAACGAGUUCCUCAACCACUUAACCGAGCUCUCUGCAGAGGAUCGAGCCAGGAGCUUCCUCUUGCUGGCCUCAGAGAUCCCGUCCAAUGAGUCAGACCAGGAGGAGGACGAAGAGCGGAUCGAGUGGCUAACCAGGAUCGUUGCGAGCUUCACCACGUCUCCACGAGCUUUGCGGCCGCAGCUCCUUCUGGCAGCGUCGAUUAUCGGCCACACCCCCAUGGUGACGCUGCUGCUAAGGGACAUCGCUACCGACGACGAUCCAGCCCCUAACAUCGAUGCGGUGGAAGCAGAGUGCCUGAUUGAAGCAGCAGUCAAUCAGCAUUUCCAGAUUGUGAAGGAGCUUCUGGCCGGCGGGAGGUUCUCGAACAGGAACGAGACGCGCUGGGACGCGGUAGUUCAGGCGCUGGAGGUGUCCUGCGCUAAUAGAGCCGCUGACAUCACGGACAUUUUACUGCCGCACUACCUGUCGUACUGCUCGGUCAUCUCGUCUUGCGGGGUGCACCACCCCCGCCUCCUCCGGUUAGCAUUGUCGAAUUGGCACUUUGAGAUAGUGGAAAUGUUGCUCGAAUGCGACCCGCGAGGCACGCUUUGCAACAUGAUGGAGCUCAUCGAUACUCUGCGGGAGGAAGUGGCACAGUCUGCACAAGAUAAACCGGCAGAAGCAGAAGCUGCGACGACGUCGGGGAUGCUGUCGGUUGUUGUAGGAGAGGAGACCGACGACGACAUGGGCGACUUGAUUAUGUGGGAUGCAGCGGCACUGGCGCGCGGAGUCUCGUCGGGGAACACGACCCUGGUGAAAUUCUUGGUGAAUCACGUGGGCUUUAGUUCUGAGGCUCUUGAAGCAGCGUUGGAGACAGCUCGGGAUGCUGGAAACUCAGAACUGGUUGAGAUUAUCUCGACGCCACUGCAGAAGAUGACGGAUCUGAACGUUGAACAGGAAGGAGAAGACAAUGAGGAGGAAGGCGAAAAUGAAGAGGGAGAAGACUACGAGCUAGACAACUCACCCAGCCCAGAUGACUUGAUCAAUGAUGAAUCACCCGCGGUAGAGCAACUCCAGAAAGACCCCAACAGCGACGAUGGCGAAGAUGCUAUCAUUCUACCUGACCAGGAAGGUGGAGAAGAAGGAGGAGAACGUGAGGAGGAAGACGAGGAAAAAGACGAUAAACUAAAUGGCUCGUCCUGCCCUGACGACUCGAUUGACGGUGAACCACACGCGGUGGCCCAGGCAGACAGCGGCGAGCAGCUCCAGACUGGAUACCAAGACCCAACUGGUGGGGAUGGCGAUGAUGCUACCAUUUUACCUGAAGUCUCCUCAGACGCUCCUUCAGCAGAAAAGUGGAUGGCAGUACGCGCAACAAGCUUCAAGGAAAUGGAGCAGAUGAUAGCUACAGCAACGCAAUCUGCAGUAGCCACUGCCCAUGACGGUAUGCUACGUUAUUCCACUAACGACGAGGAGAUAGCUGCGGAGCGUACCGAGGACAAUGUAUUGGAUCAUUCUGCGGAGGUUGAUACAGCAGCAGAGACGAAGGAUGAAUUGUUGGGGCAUUCCACGGAAGCCCAGGAAGUGGAGGCAGAUGACACUUUGACGGGUCUACAAUCUUCUGGUGACACUCAGCUCGCAGCAAAAAUGGUUUUACUGCGUCAAUUUUCCAGCAACACUGUCGAUCUUGUGAUGAGUGAAGGGCUGGCGGCGAUGCACCAUGAGGCAAAGGAGCAGACUGACACUUGGUCAGCAAAACAGAGUGAGCCCUUGCUUACCCGUGACGAGAGUGCAUAUCAGCCAGCGAUCACUCCCGAUGUGAGCGAUGUUGUUGGCGGCGAGCCACCGAACGAGGAUGCCGCCGUCGAAACCCCUGAAGCUGAGAGUUUUAAAGCCGUAUCUACUAUUGUUGGUGAAAGCAUACCAAUGAGUCGAGUUGGCAGCGAGGAAGGCGUUGCCUUGGCUGAGAGACAGAGCUCUGAUGACCGAGAAAUUGUUCCUUGCGAGAGCCCCGCUGGCACCACCGAUACCGCUGUGAUCGAUGAAGGUGUCGUAUCACAAGCAGCCACUGAUGUGACUGGCGACAAUUUGCCGAUAGAUCAGGGUAAUCGCUCAGAUUCGGUCGAUAGUCCAUGCGGCAUCUUUGGAGAGACAGAAGCACCGGUUCUUGAAAGCUCGCCCAUUCCAGUGUUCCCGCCUUCGAUAUUGAUCCCAGCGCCCGAGCUUCAGGGCACUACUAUGGAACUCGAGACAACUAGCGAUAAGCUAGAACCGACCUACUCUCGGGGAGCUGACAAGGAUACGGAAACCCCUGCCGCUCGAUCUCGACGAUUUAAGUCCGAGGUUGUUACUUCUCCAGUCCGAACCCCCGUGGCGAGUCCUACUCGAAGCACAAUAAUUUGCCCGGUUCAGUGGGUAGAGCGCGCCGCUGAAACCUCGGAGAGCUCUGAUCUCGAUGUCACCUCUUCAGCCCCUCUACACGAGGGAGAUCGAGUGGAGGUUCACUACAAAGGGAGGCCCUUCUUGUUCCCAGGUGUCGUCAUUUUUUGCCACGCAAGCGGCGUCUACGAUAUCGUGUAUGAAGAUGGAGAGGAAGAAACCUGCGUAGCUCGCGAGCUGAUUCAGCUGGUCGAAUCUUCGCAAAAACAACCUAACGAUUCCAAUGUGGAGGAAGACAGCGCGGCAGAUCCAGAGGCUGUAAUACAUGACAUGCUAGUAGAUGUCGACGGAGCGUCCGAGCCAGCCUCGCCCAAUGAUGACUCUCUUGAACACAGUACUUGUAAAGGAGACGAUGAAGGCAGCAGCUCCGCCGUGAUCCCGACAACCAGUGCUGUGAACUACCAACUGAAUGCAGACGAUGGCAGCAAUGAUAAAGUUGAGCAAGACGGAUCAAAUUUCAGCGGUGAAUCAGGUUUCGAUCGGCAGUGUCAAGGUGCACAACUAAAGCAAGCACUGAAUUCGCCCGGUGAUGACGAGCCUACUAGAAUCGUUGACAAAAUGCUAGGACCUGAGCCCAACGCAAGUCAUGGCUUUGCUGUUUCGACACCAGCUUCAAUUGCACAUAGUGGGUCGUCAGUAUCGGAAACUGAUCAUCAGGAGAUCGAGGAUAAUGUCGUGGAGGUUGAGCAUUUACCUGAGAUCCCCAGCGUCAUUGUGCCGAGUACAGCCCCAACGAUAUCCGGGAAAGAAAUUAUGAACGAGAUCCGACUUGCAUCAGCGGCAUCGGGAAGGAGUUCACGCGACAGGGGCUUGUCUUUCGCUUCUCAGCGCUCUCGGUGUCGUACCGCCGACGCCGUCACCUCCGAGGACGUGGCCGAGUGGAAAAACGUCGACUUGCUCUUAAACCGCAAACGUCGAUUAUUCCAGACUCAAACAGGGAGCAUCGAGAGCAUCAAAGUGCCGUGGGGUGAGGAGUUUGCCACGAUCCAGUCCCUAAAACGGUUUGCAGCCCAACACCCGGAUGUCCUCCGUGCCCACAUGUAA